UGGAGUUUCCCGGGCUGGGUGUGGUCGAGCAAGAGAGCGAAGGCACUGAUUCCCUUCAGCUGCUGUUGAAGUUGUGCGGAAGCUUUUUGUUUGUUUUGCUAUUUUUAUUUAUUUAUUGCGAAUACAGAAUAAGACACGUCCAGUUCCCUCUAUCGCUAGCCGAUUCCCAUUCGCUCUGCCCACCUCGUCAAGCUUUCCCCUUUUCGGUGACAUUCUACGCAGUCCAUGUGGUUAGCCGUACCAGGCACUAGGCCGUUCUAGCAGGAGGGCUGAGUCCGCACCGGAGCGAUGGGCCUGCUGCAGCUGUUCAAGUCCCAGUUCCUCUGUCACCUGGUCAUCUGCUACGUGUUCGUGGUCAGCGGGCUCAUCAUCAACCUGCUGCAGCUCUGCACCCUGCCACUCUGGCCAAUCGACAAGCAGCUGGCCCGCAGGAUCAACUGCCGGCUGGGAUACUCCAUCGCCAGCCAGCUGGUGGCGUUGCUGGAGUGGUGGUCUGGCACAGAAUGCACGCUCUACACAGACCCCGAGAGCUACCCGCUCUACGGCAAGGAGAAUGCCAUCGUCGUGCUCAAUCACAACUUCGAGAUCGACUUCCUGUGUGGCUGGACUUUCUGUGAAAGAUUUGGUGUUCUGGGGAGUUCCAAAGUGCUGGCCAAGAAGGAACUGGCAUACGUACCUUUGAUUGGCUGGAUGUGGUACUUCCUGGAGAUUGUGUUCUGCAAGAGGAAAUGGGAGGAGGACCGUAGGACAGUAGCACAGAGUCUUCAGAAUCUUCGGGAUUACCCAGAGAACUACUGGUUCCUGCUGCACUGCGAGGGAACACGCUUCACUGAGGAGAAGCAUCAGAUCAGCAUGCAGGUGGCAGAGAGCAAGGGCCUGCCCAAACUGAAGUACCAUCUGCUGCCCCGCACCAAGGGUUUCUGCAUCACUGUACAGAACCUCCGGGGAGCAGUUACCGCUGUGUACGAUUCUACGCUUAAUUUCAGAAACAACGAAACUCCAACUCUGCUGGGUCUUCUGAAUGGGAAAAAAUAUCAUGCCGAUUUGUAUGUGAGGAGAAUUCCUCUGGAAUCUGUUCCGGAGGAUGAGGAGGAAUGUGCGGCCUGGCUCCACAGACUCUACCAGGAAAAAGACCAGUUCCAGGAGCAGUACUCCCAGACGGGUCGGUUCCCGGGGCCCAUAGUCAGCCCGUCGCGGCGGCCCUGGACGCUGCUGAACUGGCUCUUCUGGACCUGCGUGCUGCUCUACCCGCUGGUGGGCCUCCUGGUGCAGCUGGUCAGCACCGGCUCCUCCACCACCAUCCUCAGCACCGUGGCACUGUGUGUGGCAGGAAGCAGGUCAGGUACUUGAAAACCUCUGUGGGAGUGCGCUGGAUGAUUGGACAGACCGAGAUCAAGAAGGGCUCCAGCUAUGGGAACAAGAAUGCCCCUGUGAACAACAACUGAAGUCUCCAAACAUGACGACUGU